AUGAUUGAAACGAGUCACAACAGUCAUAGCAAAUCACAACGAUUGCGAUCCAAGAAGGAUCGUGCCGUUGCGCAUUCAUCUACACAGAAUGUGCAACCGUUAACACCACAAUCUGAACUCAAAAUCGGUGAAUCUUUCAUCGUAUUACGUCGUGCACCAAACGUUCAUGGCACCACCAAUGAGCGAUGUCUAGCCACACUGGUUGAAAAGCGAAGUGAUCAGGAAGCAAUUGAUGCUGCUGUUGUUGAGGACUGCUUCGAAAAGGAUUAUGAUGAGGAUAAUGAAACAAGUUCAAAAUUGAACACUGAUGUGCGAUGGGUUUGUCGAGAUAUUGUUAAUAAAGUGUGUGCCGAUAAUGGCGAAUCUACAACGGGAUCGGAUGGUUGUACUGAUAGCACUGAAAUAGUUGACCAGAUCUGUCAACAACAUGAAAAGAAGCCAAUAUUACGUAAAUAUUAUGUUCAUUAUGAUGGUAUGGAUCGGCGACUAGACGAAUGGGUAGAACGUGAGCGUAUCAUCGAAAGGGCGAAUCCAGCCCACAUCACUCCAUCUGUCUUGGCCGUGCCAGCUUCUUUAGCGAGUACGCUGGAAAGUGGUGGCACGAUGACCAGAAGUCAGCGGCGAAUUUACGAGGAAUUUAAUCAUCUGCAGAAAAGUUAUGAGGAUAUGGAUGCAACGACAGCAAAACUUGAAAAGGAACAUGCUGAGAUGACAAAAGUGAAAAACAUCGAACAGAUUAGAUAUGGAAAUUAUGAGAUUGAUACGUGGUAUGUGUCACCAUAUCCAGGUGAAUACGGCAAAUUGCAUAAGCUGUGGGUUUGUGAAUAUUGUAUGGCGUAUAUGAAGAGUGAGGAGGAACAUUUCUGCCAUAUGAUGCACUAUUGUGAUCGACGACAGCCACCGGGCGAUGAGAUUUAUCGAGAUGGUAAUUUGUCAGUUUACGAAGUUGAUGGACGAGCGAGCAAGUUAGACGAUUUUGAAGUUGGCUCUGUUUUGUGCUCUGUAAUACGAGUUUUAUUUCUUUUUUUACUAAAUUUUUUGAUAUUGGGGAAACCUAAUGUAAUUUCUGAUUGUAAGGUUGAUGAAUGGGGUGCGCACUGUGUUGGUCACUUCUCGAAAGAACGACUUUCGACGAAUAAUCUUGCCUGUAUUAUGGUACUGCCACCUUUUCAGAGACGUGGAUAUGGUAAACUGCUCAUCCAAUUGAGUUACGAGUUGUCGAAUCGUGAAGGAGUAAUUGGCACUCCGGAAAAACCGCUAUCGGACUUGGGUAAAGUAAGUUAUCGAAGUUAUUGGUGGUGGGUUAUAUUGGAGGCACUCGACGAAUUGAACAUUGAUGAUGUUACGGUAUCCGAUUUGAGUUUAGCAUCUCGAAUCGCAGAAGACGAUAUUAUCUCAACGCUGCAAACACUGCAACUGAUAAAAUAUUGGAAAGGAGAUCAUGUCGUGAGGACGACACGUCGUUUAGUGGAGCACUGUCGAUCGAUAAACAUCGGUCGACCACCGCGGUUACUUUUGGAUCCAGAUUGUUUGAAAUGGUGGCCGAGGACAAGGCUUACCGCAAUACAUCAUGACUCGAAACUUUCAUCGUCUCAUUUGAAAUAA